AUGGCUUCGGAGAAGACGGAUGACCCGAUACAGCCGGCUGGAACAGACCCAUCCCUGCCGGAACCCCCUGCCAUCCAUCCAUCUUUCAUCCAGGUAGCCAAGCCUUAUAUCUUUGAACAGACGAUUCAGAAAUGUAUCGCGGCCAUGGGGGUCAAUCCUCUGCGCGAGGAAGCUCUGCGCUUGCAGGGGGUGACAUGGAUCGAUAACGUUCGCCGAGUGCUCUAUCUGCCUAUUCGCACCUUCAACACCGCUGUGGUCUAUUAUCAUAAGUUUCGCCUUAUUCACCCCGACACAGAGUACAAUUAUAUGGAUGCCGCUGCGGCUGCUCUAUUCACGGCAUGCAAGAUUGAGGACACCCUUAAGAAGUCCCGGGAGAUUGUAUGUGCUGCGUACAAUCUGAAGCUACCUCCAUCAGAGCACAUGGCUCCUGACAACCCCGUCUUCGAAGCGCAUGCUCGAGGUAUCAUCGGCCUCGAGAGGCUCAUGCUCGAAGCGUCUGGCUUCGACUUCCGAACCCGUCAUCCACAGAAGACUUUGGUCAAACUAGCCAAACACUAUGGCUUGUCGCCGCGAUCCGAGGUCUCCAAUCUCGCCUACCGCAUCUCGCAGGAUCUCUAUCGAACCUUUGCCCCCAUCAAGCAGACCACCUCCACCAUGGCCUUUUGCUGUCUCGAACUUGCGGGUCGCCUGCUCGACCGGCGUCUGGAGCCCGUGGAGCAGGGGACAGAUUACGAGCAAUGGAGGACGAGCCGUGAAGAAGUAAUGGAAACUCUCUUCGACCUGCUCGAGUUAUACACACACAACCGCAGCUCGACCACCGUCGGCCCGCAUUUCCCACCCGAUAGAUUCCUCACAGUCCGCAUUCCGCUGAACAAAGAAGCAGAGGCCCAGAGAUUACCUCGGUACACGCACUGGGUCGAAGACAGCAGAGAUACCAAGCCUACCAAUGGCGCCAGAGACGGCAGGGAUCGCACCGCGCCAAAAGAUAGAGACAGGGGAGCCGCACCCGCGCUGCACCCGCUCACCCCUGUCGCUGCCAACGAGGAGAGACCCAAGGCCGGGGAACGAGGCCGAGACGGCGCCGUGCGCUUCAUGCUCGAUCCGGAGUGCGCAGAGGCCGAGAAGGCGCGCGUCGCCGAGUACUUCAAGAUCGAGAUGGAGGAGUACGAGGUUGAAGAAUGA